AGAAGACGUGGAAGCGGAAGAGACGUGGCACAUAAACACGGCACAUAAACACAUAGAGGAAGGAGUCAGUCCCUGGAACAGCUUCACCUGUAAACCGUCAAGACAGCUUCAAUGAAAUCUCGCAACAUUACAUAAAACGAACGGAAGGAACUCGGUUAAUGUCUGUGUGACAAGUCAGCACACGUGACUAUGGGUCUGUGCAAGUGUCCAAAGAGGAAGGUGACCAAUCUCUUCUGCUUCGAACAUCGUGUGAACGUGUGCGAACAUUGUCUUGUUUCUAACCACAACAAGUGCAUCGUGCAGUCCUACCUGCAGUGGCUGCAGGACAGCGACUACAACCCCAACUGUGCUCUGUGCAAUAUUCCCUUAGCUGAACAAGAGACUGUCAGACUGGUGUGUUAUGAUGUCUUUCACUGGGCGUGUUUUAACAGUUUGGCGUCGCGGUUGCCCCUCCACACAGCUCCAGCGGGAUACCAGUGCCCCACCUGUCAGGGUCCAGUGUUCCCCCCCACCAACAUGGCCAGCCCAAUUGCUGAUGUGCUGAAAGACAGGCUUUCAUCCGUCAACUGGGCUCGCGCUGGUUUAGGGCUGCCACUGAUCGAAGACCCCAUCGGAAACACUGAAGAGGAUUCUCACGAUGUCACGGAUUACAGAGACUGGUCCACAUUUGAUGCUCAAGAGCAGAGUAACGCCUACGCCAGCUCAUCCUACAGCACCCCUCUCAUUCCUCCACCCGCCGCUGCUGCACCGCAGGAAAACCUGGCAGGUCCGCAGAAGAAUGGAGAUCCGAACGCGCAGGGACACGCCGUGGUCACCUUUUCUACUGCCAACACGUGCGACACUGCUACAAUCCACACAGCGUCUUCACCAAGAAAAAUCUACGACACGCGGGACGUAGCUCACAGCUCCGUCACACAGAUCGACUUCGAUGAUGACAAGUACAGGAGGCGACCGGCGCUGAGCUGGUUCGCACGCAUUUUGAAGAACCGCUCUGGUGCAAAGAGGACAUCCCUGACCUGGAAGCAGCGGGUCUUCAUGCUCCUGCUGGUCGGCGUUUUGGGAUUCUUUACUUUGAUAAUAAUCAUGGCUAAACUUGGACGUGCCUCGGCCAGCUCGGACCCAAACCUGGACCCCCUCCUUAACCCCAACAUCCGUGUGGGGAAGAACUGAUGACAGGUGGCGAUCUGGUCUUUUUUUUUGUGUGUGUUACACUACAUGCGCCUACGUGCAGCGAGUGGAAAAGGCCCUGCAGUACAACGUCAGCCCAAAAGAGGGAGCUCUUCACCCAACUUUCAAAGGGUGGCUCUUAUUUUCUCAUCAGGCGGUUGGAGUGUCAGAGGUUUCACCAGAUGGAAAAAAAUCGAUUUUUUUGCAGAAGUUUGAGGUCCAAACAAAGCAAAAAUAAACUCUGAUGGCGACCAAGUGCAGAAAGACCACUUUUCAUGUUCUUAUUGCUUUGUUUUGGGGGGCAGUAUAACGGUUUUCAUGAUCUUUUAAAGUAAUCUUCUUUUUUUAUUGUUGAAAGAAGAUUUGAUAACUUGUCAUAGAUUAUUCUAAGUUUCAGUGUGAUCCUAAAACAGGAAUAUACCAUUAAUGUUUUUGGGGGUGUGCCUCAAACACACCAAUACGCCCACGUACUCCACCACUGAGUGUUGGCAUGAGUCCUGAAAACUAAAUGCUCUGCUUUUAGACUUGACAUACAUACUGUAUCCAUGUUUUUCUGCUGUUUUGGACUCCAUUAAAUGGGAAUAUUACAGAAAUGA